AUGGAACCACCAAACAUGGCCGACACCACCACAGUGGCGCCACAAACAACAUCCAGUGCUAAAUACCACCUCCUCGACCUCCCAGCCGAACUCCGCCUUAACAUCUACAACCACGCCUUCGCAACAAUGCCCAUCGACUUCCUCCAAAUCCAAAGACACAGCAGGCUCCCUACCCACGCUCUCCUCGCCACCUCCAAGACCCUCCGCUUCGAUGCCGGCAAGGCCUACUUCGAUCGCAUGUACGGGGCUGUCGCGAAGCUAAGGAAGCAGGUCGACGAGGCAGAUGUCGAGUACGAGCGUCCGAUGGUUGAGAAACGUGAAACUACGAAUGAGUUCGGUAAGUACCAUCUGCUGCAACUUGUCACAGAGACGUUCGGAAGGAUCCAACAUCUGGAUAAGAGAUGUGUUAGAGUCAAGAGGCUUGUUGAUGACGAGUUGAAGAAAUGGAGGGAAGAGGGGCUUGAGUAUGGGAAGAAAAUCAGGGGCUGA